CUGCUUCACUUCCAAAUCUCCUUCCUAUCUCUCUUGCUCUGCUUCUAAAAGAGGCCAUGGGAAGAGCUCCUUGCUGUGACAAAGCCAAUGUUAAGAGAGGCCCUUGGUCACCCGAAGAAGACGCUACUCUCAGGACUUAUGUCCAAACUCAUGGCACUGGUGGUAAUUGGAUUGCAUUGCCCCGUAAAGCAGGCCUUCGGAGGUGUGGCAAGAGCUGCCGUCUGCGGUGGCUCAAUUAUCUCAGGCCAGACAUCAAACAUGGAGGCUUUACUGAAGAAGAAGACAACAUCAUUUGUACCCUUUACGGGCAAAUGGGAAGCAGAUGGUCUGCCAUAGCCUCUCAGCUUCCUGGCAGAACAGACAAUGACGUGAAAAACUACUGGAACACCAAGUUAAAGAAGAAGCUAAUGACAGGAAAAGUGAACCUCAAAACAGUGACCGACACUCACACUACUACUCUUCCUCCCACCCCAUUACUACUGACUCAUAAUGUUCAAAUCCAAAACCAAAAUUGCGAUUUUCCUACUGCUUCGCAAAACCUCACUUCAUCAUCUUCCUCAACUCUGCCUAUCCUGACGGACGCUAAUUCUGGGUUUCACAUUAACACUUAUCACGGCAUGAUCACUUUUGACCCAACUCAGUUAUACAGUCCAGGGUUCACUGAUGUCUCAGAAAUCAACGCAAGCUCAAGCAUGAUGUCCUUGUCUCAGGAAGGUUCAAGCAUUUCGGAUUCAUCUUUAAUUGCAACAACGGAGAACAAAUGUCUAUCGCUGCCGGAUCAUGCUGGCGGCGGCGACGAAGCAACCCAAUUGCUAAUGAACUUGGGGUUUGGAUUUCCCUCUGACUUCGUCAAUAGUGGCUUUUACACCUCCCAAGAGAAAGUUGGUGAAUUCGCUUCAAGUUUCUAUCCUCACGAGUUGGUUGAUUUUGGCUAUGCUGACAUGAAGCCGCUGGGACGAAAUUGA